AUGGCAUUAGAUAAGUUAGAUUUAUAUGUUAUUAUAACAUUGGUGGUUGCAAUUGCAGCUUAUUUUGCAAAGAAUCAGUUUCUUGACCAACAACAAGAUACCGGGUUCCUUAAUACUGAUAGUGGAGAUGGUAAUUCAAGAGAUAUCUUACAAGCUUUGAAGAAGAACAAUAAAAAUACGUUAUUAUUAUUUGGAUCCCAAACAGGUACAGCAGAAGAUUAUGCCAACAAAUUGUCAAGAGAAUUGCAUUCAAGAUUUGGUUUGAAAACCAUGGUUGCUGAUUUCGCUGAUUAUGAUUUCGAAAACUUCGGAGAUAUUACUGAAGAUAUCUUGGUUUUCUUUAUUGUUGCUACUUAUGGUGAAGGUGAACCAACCGAUAAUGCUGACGAAUUUCACACUUGGUUGACUGAAGAAGCUGACACCUUGAGUACUUUGAAAUAUACUGUUUUUGGUUUGGGUAAUUCAACUUAUGAAUUCUUCAAUGCUAUUGGUAGAAAAUUUGACAGAUUGUUGGGAGAAAAAGGUGGUGACAGAUUUGCUGAAUACGGUGAAGGUGACGAUGGUACUGGUACUUUAGAUGAAGAUUUCUUGGCCUGGAAGGAUAACGUGUUUGAUUCCUUAAAGAAUGAUUUGAAUUUUGAAGAAAAAGAGUUGAAAUACGAACCAAAUGUUAAAUUGACUGAAAGAGAUGAUUUAUCUGGCAAUGAUCCAGAAGUCUCCUUGGGUGAACCAAAUGUCAAAUACAUUAAAUCUGAAGGUGUUGACUUAACUAAAGGUCCAUUUGAUCAUACUCAUCCAUUUUUGGCUAGAAUUGUUAAAACUAAAGAAUUGUUUACUUCUGAAGACAGACAUUGUGUUCAUGUUGAAUUUGAUAUUUCUGAAUCAAACUUGAAAUAUACCACCGGUGAUCAUCUUGCAAUCUGGCCAUCUAACUCUGAUGAAAACAUUAAGCAAUUUGCCAAAUGUUUUGGUUUAGAAGACAAACUUGAUACUGUUAUUGAAUUGAAAGCUUUGGAUUCCACUUAUUCCAUCCCAUUCCCUAAUCCAAUCACUUAUGGAGCUGUUAUUAGACACCAUUUGGAAAUUUCAGGUCCUGUUUCUAGACAAUUUUUCUUAUCUAUUGCUGGAUUUGCCCCUGAUGAAGAAACUAAAAAGUCAUUUACUAGAAUUGGUGGUGAUAAGCAAGAAUUUGCUAGUAAAGUCACCCGUAGAAAAUUCAACAUUGCCGAUGCUUUAUUAUUUGCUUCCAACAACAGACCAUGGUCCGAUGUUCCAUUCGAAUUCCUUAUUGAAAAUGUCCAACACUUAACUCCUCGUUAUUACUCCAUUUCUUCUUCCUCAUUAAGUGAAAAGCAAACCAUUAAUGUUACUGCUGUUGUUGAAGCCGAAGAAGAAGCUGAUGGAAGACCAGUUACUGGUGUUGUCACCAACUUGUUGAAGAAUAUUGAAAUUGAACAAAACAAAACUGGUGAAACCCCAAUGGUUCAUUAUGAUUUGAAUGGUCCAAGAGGCAAAUUUAGCAAGUUCAGAUUGCCAGUUCACGUUAGAAGAUCUAAUUUCAAAUUACCAAAGAAUAGCACUACCCCAGUUAUUUUGAUUGGUCCAGGUACCGGUGUUGCACCAUUGAGAGGUUUUGUUAGAGAAAGAGUUCAACAAGUUAAAAAUGGUGUUAAUGUUGGUAAGACUGUAUUGUUUUAUGGAUGUAGAAAUUCCGAACAAGAUUUCUUGUACAAACAAGAAUGGAGUGAAUAUGCCUCAGUAUUGGGAGAAAAUUUCGAAAUGUUUAAUGCCUUCUCAAGACAAGAUCCAACUAAGAAAGUUUAUGUUCAAGAUAAGAUUUUAGAAAAUAGUGCUCUUGUUGAUGAGUUAUUAUCUAGUGGAGCAAUUAUUUAUGUUUGUGGUGAUGCCAGUAGAAUGGCUAGAGAUGUUCAAGCUGCAAUUGCCAAGAUUGUUGCCAAAAGUAGAGAUAUCCACGAAGAUAAAGCUGCUGAAUUGGUUAAAUCUUGGAAAGUUCAAAAUAGAUACCAAGAAGAUGUCUGGUAA